CAGACCUGCCGCACAUGCGGCACAGGGCAGCAAGCUCCACCGGAAGAUAGUUAUAUCUGGCCCCAUCGUUGUCUGCGCGUCACACGGCUGCAAACCUGCACGGCUGCACCGAUUCCUGUCGCCGCGCGCGCCGCACGCAGCGCACAGACCAGGUUCGCCUCACUGCUCUCACUGCCAGAGCUCUGCGACGCGGCACCCGCUGCGCGCGUGAAGCAAAAGAAGGAGUGCCUGGGCCCCGCCGCGGAGAACCACGCUGCCAGAAGGGAAAACGGCCGGCGGUGAAAAGGGACGAUGGCGCAAGUGCUCAAGCCCCCCGCGCGCCGCCGCAGUCCCUCCUCAGAACAAUUUAAGAAAGAUGCGGACCAGAGCCGCAUGCUCCAGGCGCCCGCGCGCCGCCGCAGCGCCUCGUUCGAAAAGCCGGACUUGCCUCCGAGAACGCCAAGCAAAGCCGAGCUGCGAGAACUGGCCGAACGCGACUGGCGCCUCGAGGUCGUCCUGGCCACUUGUGUAGCAAUCGCUCUCGGACUGGCCAUCUUCCGGGACAUGUACAUUGGUGGGUUGGGAAGUUCGAACGGGAGGAUUGUGUCCUUCCUGGCCUCGCUCAACGGCUGCGCCGGUUUUAGGAGACAGAAGAAAGCGGUACGAGCCCACAAAGCGCGGACCACAGAAAAGUUCCGGCGGCUCGAGUCGCUGCACCUCGCCGCGCCGAGUCCCCCUCGCCACAAGGUCCAACUCAUGUGCAUCGCUUUUAGUAACAAGUUCGCAACCCAGAGCAUCGGGUCGUUGCUCGUCGGCGCGACUCCCGUGAUCUUGAAGGGCUGGCGCCACGUGAGCAGCUGGUUUUUGGCCUUCGCGCUCGUCCAGAUCGCGCCGAGGGAUGUGGUCUACGACGCUCUCACGAGACAUGUGUUUCUUGCGUUUGUGGUGAAAGUCGGCGCCGCGCUGUACAAGCUCCGCAAAUUUAAUUUUGUGGUGUCGGCGUGUCCUCAUUGCUCCCUGCAGUUCCUGCUGAUGGUCAUGCUUGUCACAAUAGACGGCAACAACGCGUGUAGUCGGUGCAUGACCUGGCUCUGGAUGCGCGGGACCGCCAAUACGAAACGGAAGCACAUUCUGAGAGGGAUCGGAGCGUUCGCGGCGCGGUCGGGGCCCGUGCUGCUGGCCGCAGCCUUCAUCAGAACAACGCGCUCGUGCAAGGACAAGUAUGGGAAAUUACUGGUGCUCGUCGUGUUUCUCCAUAGAAAUGGCUGCGCGGGGUUGUUGCUGCGGACGGCGCGGACGGCGCGAAGAGGUAUGGAUAGCCCGUCCUACGUCGGCGAGGCGUUCCCCGUGCGGAGGAGCCCGCGGCUGCGCGGGGAGAAGGUGGAUUAA